AUGCCAGAAGCAAAAGUACAUUCUCCAAAGAAAGGUGGUUUCUUCGCCGGGAUAGCCAAGUUCUUCACUGGAGAUUCAUCUGAUUCAGAUUCUGAUGAUGAGACCAAAAAACUCAAACAAGAGAUAAAUCUUCCUAAAGGAAAUUUAUCUGUUGAAUCUCCAGGAGCUGAUGUAAGAGGUGAUGUGGAUGCCAACCUAGACACAUCAGCAAAUAGCAGCGGGUUUCCAGAGGGAGGCGCAAAUUUCAACAUUGGUGCAAGUGGCAAAGGUUCUCCAUCUAAAGGAAAGAAGGGAGGAAGGUUCAAGUUGCCCAAGCUUGGAAAGCCAAAAAUAAAUGGCAGCACUGAUGCAGGAGUAGAAGUUUUGAAUGUUCCAGAUGCCUCACUGGAUGUUGAUGAUGUGAAAGCCCCCAGCUUUGGUGGUGGUGUUGGUGGUCACAUUGGACUUGGUGUCAAAGGAGGUAUAUCUGGACCUGAUGUGAUCUUUGGUGGUGGUGUUGGUGGUGACAUUGGAUUUGCUGCCAAAGGAGGUAUAUCUGGGCCUGAUGUUGAUGUAUCACCCCCAACCAUUGGCGGCAAAGGAGACAUAGGAGGAAAAGGGGAAGUACCAGAUGCUUCACUGGAUGUUGGUGGUGAUGUGAAAGCCCCCAGAUUUGGUGGUGGUGUUGGUGGUGACAUUGGAUUUGGUGCCAAAGGAGGUAUAUCUGGACCUGAUGUUGAUGUUUCACCCCCAAGCUUUGGCGGUAUAGGAAACAUUGGAGGAAAAGGGAAAAUACCAGAUGCUUCACUUAAUGUUGAUGAUGUGAACGCCCCCAGCUUUGGUGGUGGUGGUGGUGGUGAAAGUGGACUUGGUGUCAAUGGAGGUAUAUCUGGACCUGAUCUUAACAUCGGUGAUGACACAAACAUUAGAGGAUUGAAUGUACCAGAUGCCUCUGUGGGCAUUGGAGGUGACGUGAAAGCGCAAGUUUUGGCGGUGGUAUUGGUGUCAGUGGUAGUGGUCCAAAGGGUGGGAUUUCCAGCCCUGACAUUGAUGUUCCUGCUCCAUCGGGUAGUAUUGAUGUUAGUGCAGAUGUGCCAGAUGCAAAACUUGAUCUCGGCAGCAAAAAGGACAAGGGAGGUUUCCACUUCAGACUUCCAAAGUUCAGAUUUCCGUCAUUUGGGUCGGGUGAUGCCAAAGCAAAAGGCAAUGUUUCUGUGA